ACAGCGGAGCACUGAAGAGCUCUGGAUCUAUUGUUCCCACACUUCCUCUCCUCCUCCACGGCAGCACACACACACACACACACGCGCGCACACGAGAGAGAGAGAGAGAGAGAGAGAGGGAGGGAUCGUUAGAGCGAGGGAGGGUGAGAGAGAGGGAGAGGCAGAGGACGAGAGCACGCCGUCACUCAUCCGGAUUAGCCGUCCUGGAGAGGAGGAAUCGCCUGCCGCUACAACAACAGGGACAAAGCACUGACCCACACACACACACUCAGAAACACACACGGGAGCGCGCGCGCGUGUGUGUGUGUGCAGGUCCGUCCGCUGACCCACGUCCGUCUCGCUGGGCUCCACUGCAGGAUUCUCCGUGCGUGUGUGUGUUCAGGGAGAAGGGAGAGUGUGUUUGCACUCCAGGACAGCUUUUCACAGUGCGGUGCGGAGCGGUGUGUGUGUGUGUGUGUGUGAGAGAGUGUUUGCGUGCGCGCUGCGGCCAAGCUGGGGCCAUGUGGCUGGCCAGCGGAGCGGCGCGAUGGUGGGAGGCUCCGCUCAGGACGCGGGGGUCCCCGCUCUCGCUCUGGAGGAGAACGCUGCUGGUCCUGAUGCUGACCACCACGAGUCUGCGUGAUGCUGGAGCACAAACCCCCGCCAGCAGCAAACCCGUCUACGUCUGGCAAACAGGUCCGUGGGGGCGCUGUAUGGGCAGUGAGUGCGGUCCUGGUGGCACCCAGAGCAGGGCGGUGUGGUGUGCCCACUCAGAGGGCUGGACGACGCUGCCCACAAACUGCCCGCCAGCGACGCGCCCUGAAAACCGCCAGAGCUGCUUCCGCGUCUGCGACUGGCACAAGGAGCUCUACGACUGGCAGCUGGGCGCCUGGAACCAGUGUGUGCCCGUCUCGCUGCGUGCCGGCGCCAACGCGGGCGUGCCCCCCAGGCCUGCCGUGUGCCAGCGCGGCGAGGAGGGCAUCCAGACGCGCGAGGUGGGCUGCGUCCACACGCCGGACGCCAUGCCAGCGGAGGAUGCCAUCUGCGAGUACUUCGAGCCGAAGCCGCGCCUCGAGCAGGCCUGCCUCAUCCCCUGCCCGCGCGACUGCGUCGUGUCCCCCUUCUCCGACUGGACGCUGUGCUCCAAGACGUGCGGCACCGGGCUGCAGAACCGCGUCCGGACCGUGCUGGCGCCGCCGCUGUUCGGGGGGUCAGCGUGCCCCAACCUCACGGAGUUCCGCACGUGCCAGCCAGGGUCCUGCGAGGGCGAGGAGAGCCUCUACAGCCUCAAGGUCGGCCCCUGGGGGCCCUGCACCGUGCCCUCGCCGCCACUGGCCCGACUGGCCGAGACGGAACCGCUGGAACCGCUGGCCCGACAGGCCCGACACGCCCAGACGGAACCCGCGUCGGAGACGGAAACGCAACCGGCACGCAAGAACCGCAGGGAACGCAAGAACCGCAAGGAACGUAAAGAACGCACAGAACGUAAGGAACGUAAGGAACGUAAGGAACGUAAAGAACGUAAGGAACGUAAAGAACAGCAGGAUCGGCAGGACCGGACGAUGAGGCAGGACCGGCAGGCGAGGAAGCAGCAGCGGCGUGAGCGGCAGCGUGGGCGAGGGAAGGUCAAGGACCCCGAGGCGCGCGAGCUCAUCAAGAAGAAGAGAACGCGGAACCGACAGAACCGCCAGGGAGGGAAGUUCUGGGACCUGCAGGUCGGGUACCAGAUCCGGGAGGUCAUGUGUGUGCACAAGAAUGGCAACGCAGCAGCUAUCCACUUGUGUCACCAGGAGUCGUUGCCCGUGACGUACCAGGCGUGUGUGCUGACGAAGGACUGUGAGGUCAGCGAGUGGGGGGAGUGGUCGGCGUGCUCCAGGGACUGCUACGACCCCAACGGCCCCAAGGGUCAGCGCACGCGCUCACGCCGCCUUACGCAGUUCCCCGUGGGAGGGGGGGCAGGCUGCCCCCUACUGGAGGAGACGGAGGACUGCAGCCCGCAGGGAGAUGCCGUCCAGCCCUGCAUCGCUUACAAUUGGAAGGUGACCGAGUGGAGCGAGUGUCGAGUGGACGUCCUCCUCAGCCAACAAGACCGUCGUCGUGGCAACCAGACAGGCCUGUGCGGAGGCGGAGUCCAGAACAGGGAGGUGUACUGCGUCCAGACGAGCGACACACCCUCCAACCUCGGCCCAAUCAGGAGCAAAGAAGCGUCGCGGCCCGUGGACAGUGCCCUGUGUCUGGGCGUGCCCCCCAACACCACCCAGCUGUGCCAGCUGCCAUGUCCGGUGGAGUGCCAGGUGUCGGCCUGGUGCGCCUGGGGACCCUGCACCUACGAGAACUGCAGUGACCAGGCCACCAAGAAAGUGUGUCCCUGCAGUGGGAACACGAUGCGGGAGCGACUGGCCACUCAGUUACGGCAACCCGGAGUGGACAAACAGUGCCCCAGCACCACUGAGAAAGAGCCCUGCACCCUCAACAGCAACUGCUUCACCUACUCCUACAACAUCACAGACUGGAGCACGUGUCAGCUGAGUGAGCGGGCGGUCUGUGGCAGUGGCAUCAAGACGCGCAUGCUGGACUGCGUCCGCAGCGACGGCAAGUCUGUGGACCUCAAGUUCUGUGAGGAGCUGGGCAUGGAGAAGAAAUGGCAGAUGAACAUCUCCUGUGUGGUCGAGUGUCCCGUCAACUGCCAGCUGUCCGAAUGGUCCCCCUGGUCUGAGUGCACACACACCUGUGGACUAGCAGGUAAGCUGUGGCGGAGGCGUUCGGUGAUCCAGGCGUCUCAGGGGGAUGGUCGGCCAUGUCCGUCGCAGAUGGAGCAGUGGAAGCCAUGUCCUGUCAAGCCCUGCUUCAGCUGGAGAUACAGCGCCUGGUCAGACUGCAGGGUACAGGGUGCGCGGUGUGGGGACGGCGAGCGGUUCCGUAACGUGUCGUGUUUUGUGACGGACGGCACAGCGAGGGCCGAGGGCAGCAUGGUGGACGAGGAGCUCUGUGGUGACCUGGAGCAGGCCGUGGAUGGAGACAAGAACAUCGUCCUACAGGAGACCUGCGCAGUGCCCUGCCCAGGCGAGUGUUACCUGAUGGACUGGACGGCGUGGAGCCCAUGUCAGCUGAGCUGUGCGAGGGGUGAGGAUCUGGGGCUCGGGGCAGUGCAGGUCCGAUCACGCGCUGUUCUGGCCCAGGAGCCAGAGAACCUGCUGCAGUGCCCAGACCAGGACUGGGAGGCACGGCCAUGCACAGAGGGACAGUGUUAUGAGUAUAAGUGGAUGACGGGUCCCUGGAGAAGUUCAUCUCGUCAAGUGUGGUGCCAACGUUCCGAUGGAUUAAACGUCACAGGCGGAUGCCCAUCUACCAAUGAGCCAGUGUCUGACCGCUCAUGUGUUCCUGCAUGUGACAAAGCCCGCUCCUUCUGCACCGAGGCGGGCCUGUGUGGCUGUGAGGAGGGCUAUACGGAGGUGUUGACCUCAGAGGGGCUGCUUGACCAGUGCACGCUGAUCCCCGUGCUGGAGAUUCCGACCGCGGGCGACUCCAAGGCCGACGUCAAAACCAUCCGCGCCCUCAGCCCCACACUGCCCACGGCCAGCAUGAACGGACGCUCCGGCCGAACGUGGUUCCUGCAGCCGUUUGGACCAGAUGGGAAGCUGAAGACGUGGGUGUAUGGUGUGGCAGCGGGGGCUUUUGUCCUCAUGGUGUUCAUCGUCUCUAUGACCUACCUAGCCUGUAAAAAGCCAAAGAAGUCUCAGAGACGCCAUCAUCACCACCACCACCAGAACAACCGACUGAAACCACUAACGCUUGCCUACGAUGGAGAUGCAGACAUGUAGACACACACACACACACACACACACACACACACACACACACACACACACACCACCAGAACAACCGACUGAAACCACUCACGCUCGCCUAUGAUGGAGAUGCAGACAUGUAGACACACACACACACACACACACACACACACACAUACACACACACACACACACACACACAUACACACACACACACACACACACACACA